AUGGCAAGGUUAACUGGGCUCCAGAAAGACGUACUGGCACUCUAUCGGCAGUGCUUGCGAGCCGUGAGGAAGAAACCAGCCGAAUCGCAAUCGAAUUUCCGUGACUUUGCAAGGUCUCAGUUCCACAAGCACCGAGAGGUUGGCAAGAAAGACUUUGGGACCAUUGAGUACCUGCUGCGCCGCGGAAGGAACCAGCUGGAAUCUUGGUCAGAGCCAGGCAUCCGGGAUAUCCACAGGUAG